CGAGCGGAAGGAAAAAGCUGAAGCGAAAUUAGCGGUGACCGGGUUUUAAAAAAAAAUAAAUGAAUUUAAAAUGAUGUGAGCGGAGAGUUUGCUGAGGUAAACCCGCCCUCUCAUCCCCUCACGGACCGUCUCCUGCCCCCUUUUCCUGUCAGGAAGUUUGCGGAAGGGAGGUUUUUUUUUAUUGAAAAGGCUGCAGUCGGGUGUCCGCUGGUUGUCGAUGGCGGCGGCGGCGGCUCGGGGCAGUAACCUGAGGAAAGCGGGAGGCUUCAUCGGGCUGGUGAAGGACGCCUUCCAGCCUCAUCAACACCAACACCAGCCGGCAGGCAUCGUGGACAAGAGGGCGGUGGAGAAAUGCUGGAAACUGAUGGACAAGGUGGUGAGACUGUGCCAGAAUCCCAAGGUAGGGCUAAAGAACAGCCCUCCCUACAUUCUGGAUCUGUUGCCUGACACUUACCAGCAUCUGCGUCUGAUCCUGACUCGAUACGAGGGCAAGAUGGAGGCCCUUGGAGAAAAUGAAUAUUUCAGAGUCUUCAUGGAGAACCUGCUUAAGAAAACAAAACAGACCAUUAGCCUUUUCAAGGAAGGGAAAGAGAAAAUGUAUGAGGAAACCUCACAACCACGACGACAUUUGACCAAACUGUCACUGAUAUUCAGUCACAUGUUGGCAGAACUGAAAGCUAUAUUCCAAAAUGGAGUGUUCCAGGGGGAUACCUUCAGGAUCACAAAAGCAGAUGCAGCAGAUUUCUGGAGGAAAGCAUUUGGAGAAAAGACGAUCGUUCACUGGAAAGUUUUUCGACAAGCCUUACAUGAUGUUCACCCAAUCACCUCUGGUCUGGAGGCCAUGGCCUUGAAAUCCACUAUCGAUUUGACAUGUAAUGACUUCAUCUCUGUCUUUGAAUUUGACAUUUUUACUCGACUUUUUCAGCCAUGGUCAUCACUGCUCAGGAACUGGAAUUCAUUAGCUGUUACUCACCCAGGAUACAUGGCCUUCUUAACCUACGAUGAGGUAAAAGCAAGACUCCAGAAAUUCAUCCACAAACCUGGGAGCUACAUAUUCCGGCUGAGCUGCACCAGGCUUGGCCAGUGGGCAAUUGGCUAUGUCACUGCAGAUGGUAACAUUCUCCAAACUAUCCCUCACAACAAGCCCCUCUUCCAGGCUCUCAUCGAUGGAUUCCGUGAAGGAUUUUACCUGUUUCCUGAUGGACGCAGUCAGAAUCCAGAUCUGACUGGUUUGUGUGAGCCAACACCACACGACCAUAUUAAAGUGACACAGGAACAAUAUGAAUUGUAUUGUGAGAUGGGCUCCACCUUCCAGCUGUGCAAGAUCUGUGCGGAAAAUGACAAGGAUGUAAAAAUAGAACCCUGUGGUCACCUAAUGUGUACUUCCUGUCUUACAGCCUGGCAGGAAUCGGAAGGUCAAGGCUGUCCAUUUUGUCGCUGUGAAAUAAAAGGCACUGAACCAAUUGUCGUGGACCCCUUCGACCCCAAAGAUGGACCUGGCCAAUCCCGUUUAGGAAUGGAGAUGAUGUUAUCCCCAAAUUAUGAAGAUGAAGAUGAUGACCGUGCCGAUGAAUUGUUUAUGAUGAACAAACUGUCAAGUACCAAGAUUGAGCGGCCACCAUCUCCAGUCGCCCCAGCUCCCAAUUCUGCACUUCCACCAGUUCCUCCUCGGUUAGACCUGCUGCAGCAUCGAUCACCUACUGUGUCCUGUGCACCUAGCCCUUGUGUUUCACCUAAGACUUCCACUAGUGGCCUGCAUAAACAGGACAAACCUUUACCUGUUCCUCCAACCCAUCGAGAACUUCCACCUCCCCCACCUGAACGAAAUCCAUCUGUGAGCGUGGAUUCGCGAAUGCAGAGACGUCCUUUACCAAGCACACCGAGCGACCUCCUACCAAGAGAUAAACCACCUCUUCUACCGCCAAACCGACCUGGAGAAGCCUGGCAUGCACGAUCUCAGGCAGCUAAAGCACCACUUCAGGUUCUUAAUCCUGGGGAUAGAUGGACAGGCCGAGAGUUAUCCAACAGGCAUUCGUUGCCUUUAGCAUUGUCAUCUCAGAUGGACAAUAGGACAGAGGCGGUUAGGCAUAGCAGCUCACUCGGACUUGACAGUACAGUGGCUUUCUGUGGUGCCUUGAACGAUGUUUCAGAGUACGAGACCUCCAAAGUGAAACCCUCCACAUCAGCGAAUGCCAUCUACUCUCUUGCUACACGACCCUUGACAAAACCUUUUACACCAGAAGAACAUUCAGAGAGCAGUGACGAGGAUAUUGAUUACAUGACUCCAUCCUCACUGCCUGUACAUGCUCCACUCUGUGUCACCUCCUCCUUGGAUUCCAGACUUUUGUUACCGUCACAGAGCAGCCACAACAUAGAAACUUUGACUGAAUCAGACCCAUUGAGGCAGAUGUGCGAAUCUAUGUUUACAUCAUCAUCUCAGGCCACAAAUGUAGAUUUUACAUCUGACAAUGGUGACUGUGCCAUCAGCGACGGGCCUGAACGUGAUGAGAGUGAAGACGAAGAUAAUGCAUAUGACUUCCCCAAACCACCUGUGCCACUUCCACCAGCUCGUCGCACACUGUCUGAUAUUUCUCAUGCCGCUUCAGCAUUUGCUAAUGUGUCUGUUGAUCAAAAUCUGCCCAGUCCUAAUGCACAUACAGGAGAUUCAUCUGCACCUGAAAGACCUCCCAAGCCAUUACCUCGCCGAAUCAACUCAGAACGCAAAUCCAGUCCUAGUCGGCCAAACAGCUGUAACAUGUCACAGCAGCAGACACUUUCAGCUGAGAUUAACAACCUCUUGAGCCAGGGCUACUCAUAUCAGGAUAUCCAGAAGGCAUUGCUAAUUGCACAAAAUAACGUGGAAAUGGCAAAGAAUAUUCUUCGAGAGUUUGUGUCUGUACCUUCCCCUGCACACAUUGCAACAUAGCCAACCCUUCGGACUCUGUCUGCAGCUAGCCAGAGCUCAUGGGUGGGGCCUGAUGUAAGCUUUGGCUUGAGUGACAACGUGCCUCGUCUAACCCUGUCACCUCAUCAAUUUGAAUAAUCAGGUCUGUGCAAUUACUGAAAUACUGGUGGCUCCCUGCCUCAUUCCCAAUCCAGCUGUGGGCUUUUUGUGAAAAUAAAGUUUAUAUAUGAAGGUAUUGUUAAAA